AUGGCGUUCGGCAAGCUCUUCACCUACCCGGCCAACCCCCGCACCACGGCCAUCCGCGCCGUCGCGAAGGCCAACAACGUUGACCUCGAGUUCAUCGAGGCCGACACCACCAAGCCUUCUGCCGAGCACCUCAAGGCCAACAAGCUCGGCAAGGUCCCCGCCUUCCUCGGCGAGGAUGGCUACCCUCUCUCUGAGUGCAUCGCCAUUGCCAUCUACAUCACCUCCCAGAACGAGAAGACCACCCUUCUCGGCAAGACCAAGCAGGACUACGCCUCCAUCCUGAAGUGGAUGUCCUUCUUCAACUCUGAGGUCCUCCCCCCCAUGGGUGCGUGGUACCGCCCCCUCCUUGGAAAGGACCCCUACAACAAGAAGGCCGUUGAGGACUCCUCCAAGGUUGCCCUCAAGGCCGUCAAGGUCGUCGAGGAGCACCUCCUUAACAACACCUACCUCGUCGGCGAGCGCAUCACCCUUGCCGACCUCUUCGCUGCUGGCAUCAUUGCCCGUGGUUUCGAGUUCUUCUUCGACAAGCAGUGGCGCCAGGAGAACCCCAGCGUCACCCGCUGGUACGACACCAUCAUCAACCAGGACAUCUGGACCGCCGUUGCCGACAAGCAGGAGUACCUCGAGACUCCCAAGCUGACCAACGUCGCCCCCAAGAAGCCUGAGCAGCCCAAGAAGGAGGCCGCCCCCAAGCCCGCUGCUGCUGCCCCCGCUGCUGAGGAGGCCCCUGCUGCCCCCAAGCCCAAGCACCCUCUUGCUGAGCUCCCCCGCGCCACCUUCGACCUUGAGGAGUGGAAGCGCACCUACUCCAACGUCAAGAACCACGAGGAGGCCAUGAACUGGUUCUGGGAGCACGCCAACUUCGAGGAGUUCUCCCUCUGGAAGGUCAAGUACAAGUACAACGACGAGCUUACCAUGACCUUCAUGUCCAACAACCUUAUUGGUGGCUUCAACAACCGUCUUGAGGCUUCCCGCAAGUACAUCUUCGGAUGCGCUGCCGUCUACGGCCAGAACAACGACUCUGUCAUUGAGGGUGCCUUCGUCAUCCGUGGCCAGGACUACAAGCCCGCUUUCGACGUCGCUCCCGACUACGAGAGCUACGAGUUCGUGAAGCUCGACCCCUCCAAGCCCGAGGACAAGCAGUACGUCUCUGACUCGUGGAGCUGGGAGAAGCCCAUCACCCACAACGGCAAGGAGUACCAGGUCGCCGAUGGCAAGGUCUUCAAAUAA